AAGAGGCGUGGUGGGAUGGCGGCCCUGUUGGGUCGACGAAGCGCAGGGAUGGCGGCGACUGCGGCAGCGACGAUCAUGCUCGCGCUUGCUAUGAUGACAAUUGUGGCUGUCAUGAGAGGGCCGAGCAGGAGAGAUGAGCUGAAGGGCUUCUCUUCUGAGGAAGCUUCCAAGGACUUGCAGAGCUACUUCCAUACGGAGGCUGAGAGAGUGAAGAAGGAGAGUACCAAUGAAGUGAGGAAGGUGACAGCAAAAGCUUCCAGGGCAUCUCUCGACAGCUACUUCAAGAAGCAGUCGUUGGCGAUCAAGAAGAGGUUGCAUCCGACCCCCCCUGAGGAGGAGAUGUCAGCCAAAGCCGCGCAAGAUGACCUCAACAAGUACUUCGACUCUCUUCCCACUCAGUCCAAGAGGGUGAAAAUCAACCAACUCUCUGACGAGGUCAAGAGCCUGGCACAGGAUGUCAAGAAGAUCAUGGACCCCGUGAAAGCUCUUGAGGACCAUGCGUCAAAGGAGAAGGAAGCCAUGGACAGUCUGCACAAGGAGAACGAGAGGAUGCUUGAAGAGAGCAGGAGGCAGAGGUCCGAGGUUGAGGACUCCUUUAAGAAGGCAAUCUCAGAUCAGUGUCUGAAACAAAACGAGCGAACUGCCAAAAUGAUUGACAUGGCAUCGCGAGCUGCUUCGGAUGCGGAGGAGGCCAGCAAGCAUAGCAAGUCAACGACUGUUGUUGUUCGCCAGAACCUCGCAAAGCGAACAACCAAGUACGAAAGGAUGAAGGAUGUCAACCCCCGUGUUUCCGUUGAGGGGCUUCCUCCUGGUUGGAGUGCGUAUCUUGAUCGCAGAACCAAGUACGUCUACUACUACAACAAGGCGAACAGGAAGAGCACGUGGAUCAAUCCCAAAGGCUCGCUGGUUCACGUCGAGGGCAUGCCGUCUCCGUGGCAGGCAUACAAGAUCGAGGUAGAGCAUCUAAAGGCUGGUUGUGACGGAUUCCUGACUGUGAGACAGCAUGGAAAGCUCUACUACCUUAACCCGAAGACUGGAGAAUCAACGUGGGAAGACCCUCGGGUCAGGCCGGGAAGGAAAGUCUUGGACUUGAUCCGCGAGCACGACAGACAUAGGAAUCUCGGCCUUGCUGAGAAGUCGGCCAAGCUCUCUGCCUUGGCUGAUGACCAUGGGGUGUACGCGCACAACUGGCCUCGCUCACAGUGGACGGACAAGGCGUGGAUGAAGUUCUUGAAUCCUUCAAAGGAGAAGCUCUCGUCGCUCACGUCCGGUCAAGAGCUUCGCCAGGGCUACGUGGGAUCUGAGCAGAAUCAGCUGCAACCAGCUUCUUCGAGCAGCUACUGAAGGAGGAGAAGGGCGCCCUAAGGCCUCUGAUGAACUUGUACAUGUAACUCAAGAGACCGAGAGAACGUAGAGGACGACCAGCGCGAUUCACGUUUUCUAUCUAACAGUAAAGAAACAUCCCGACG